AUGGUCUACAGAUCUACAGAUCUACAGAUCUACAGAUAUACAGAUAUACAGAGCUACAGAUCUACUGAUCUACAGAUCUACAGAUCUACAGAUCUACAGAUCUACAGAUAUACAGAUAUACAGAGCUACAGAUCUACUGAUCUACAGAUCUACAGAUCUACAGAUCUACCGAUAUAUAGAUCUACAGAUAUACAGAUCUACAGAUCUACCGAUCUACAGAUAUACAGAUCUACAGAUCUACCGAUACAGAUCUACAGAUCUACAGAUCUACAGAUCUACAGAUCUACCGAUCUACAGAUCUACAGAUAUACAGAUCGGGCAGAGGAGCGUGUUGUAAGUGAACCACCUUUAGGAGGUGCAUCCACACACAACGGUAUCCUUGAAUCUCCUUUAGGAGGUGCAUCCACACACAACGGUAUCCUUGAAUCUCCUUUAGGAGUUGUAUCCACACACAACGGUAUCCUUGAACCUCCUUUAGGAGGUGCAUCCACACACAACGGUAUCCUUGAACCUCCUUUAGGGGGAGCAUCCACACACAACGGUAUCCUUGAAUCUCCUUUAGGAGGUGUAUCCACACACAACGGUAUCCUUGAACCUCCUUUAGGAGGUGCAUCCACACACAACGGUAUCCUUGAAACUCCUUUAGGAGGUGCAUCCACACACAACAAUAUCCUUGAAUCUCCUUUAGGAGGUGCAUCCACACACAACGGUAUCCUUGAACCUCCUUUAGGAGGUGCAUCCACACACAACGGUAUCCUUGAAACUCCUUUAGGAGGUGCAUCCACACACAACAAUAUCCUUGAAUCUCCUUUAGGAGGUGUAUCAACAUACAACGGUAUCCUUGAAAGCUUCAUUUGAUCAAUAAUGUGACAGAUAUAAGAAUUUGUCAUCUAGCUAUCUCUUGUAUAUGAAUUA